UCAAAUACAUACAUAUCAAGACCCAUCCUUUUCAAUUACAGCUUCACAAAAGGAAAGUGAGCCAGAUACUAGAUUGCGUGCGGUACAAUAUGAUGCUAUAAUGACGAUCAAUGUUCAGCAUCGCACAGUUUCCAGUACACACCUAAACUUGUAGCCACGGCAACAAGACAUUCGAACGAUUGACCUCGGAUUCAUGUGUUUGUCUCGAUUUGGCGAGAAGCAUUAAACUUCGGAUGUAACUUGGAUGUAACUUCGGAUGCUAAUUAAUUGUGCCUAUAUUGCAAACGCGUGCUUCAGAGUAAUAAUGUCUGGCAACAUUCAUUUGUGUGGAAUUAGUGGGAAGCGAGGCUUUGAGUCGUAAAGAAGUACUUUGCGUUUUAAUUUAUCUUUUGGACAAUGUACUCUCCAUUUUGCUGUGUUUAAUAAAACCAUGAAUCACUGGGCUUCAAUAUAUGUGCUCAUUAAGUCGUUAUAAAUGUACGUGUAACGACAUUCACACCAUAUGGUAUCAUUAAAAUCUCUGCACCAAUUACUUUUACCAUGCAAUUUAACAAGCUUUGUUUAUGUUAUUUGGCAAUAAGCUCUCUACCGCAAAGCAGAAGUAACACACGGCAGCCUCCUAAAAUGGUGUUCGCCCAGACUCUUACGCGUUUGCUCAAGUCCUGCUUGCGUCAUCGCAACAAGGCGGGGGUUUCCUUUACGUGUAACUGGAAUAUUUAUUGGAACUCCAAAAGUCUUCCGCUUCCUCUUUGAAUGAGAAUCAAAUGCAUUAUAUUUCCUUGCAAGGCUGCUGACUGCGUCUUUUUUGUGAUAAAUAGCGUGAUCUCUGGCGCCCGGCGACUAAAGCAAUCGUGGCGCCCGUUUUCAAGUAAGCUUAAACAAAAAUUUGCCAUGUCUAUCAAAACACUCUGUACUUCAGCCUUACCGACUUGUUAGGCUGAAAACAUAGAUGGAACCCCUUUGUCCUAGCCCCCUGUUACCCUCAUAUCUUGCGUUCUGAUGCAAACGCCGUUAAACAUCACAAAGUUGCUUUUUCUAAGGCGAUUCAUGAAUUUUUCCGAAACAAAGUUCCCGGUAUUGGCAAGGUUUUUGGCGGCUCGUUUCUCCUCUGGGUACAGUGUUGUGAUGCGGAAUACGUCAGCAGAAAUAACAGGACAGGCAUUUGCAUAAAUUAUGCACAUUUUCACUUAAGUUCUGCAAAAAUUUGCUAAGAAAUUUCAGUGAUCUAUAUCAGAGAAGGUUGAUAAACUUCAUGAAAAAAGACUACAUAAACUUCACAAACUUAAUGUUGUAAGAAGUUUCUAUUUGAAUUUCAUUUGCUUUCUGAUAUUUAAAAUAUGUAGUAUAGAGUAGCAGCUCAGGAAACCGCCUACAGAUCGCAACGUUCAAAUAAAUUUGCAAAGAACAGAACACAAAGAAGAUUGGAUUGGCAAUUACAAUAUUAUGCGAACUUUGCGAAACAAAUUACGUGAUUACGACCCAGGCGUAUUUAAACGAACGCAAUUAAGUCACAUAUAUCGGUGCUUAUAUUUUUGAGAGUUGGUAGAGUCACGUUCUCAAGAGGCAGAAAGCGUAUGAAACAUAACAACCACUCGACAACAUCUCUCAGCUACAAAGUGUUUUUUAUUGUGCUUCGAUCAAUCAAGAGGCCCGUCCUAGCAAUGAGCAAAGUAUACGACGUACUGCAUUAUGGCUAACGAAAACAUGUUUGUUUUGAAUGGAAGACUAAACGCUGGAUUUGAUGAUGCAGAGAGCUUUAGCACGGCUACGUCAAACAGUAACAGUAUAGAGAAAGAAACCCAAUUAUGCAGUGAAUUUUUCCAAGAAACCUUGCCCUUGCCACCUAAGAAAUUGAAUAACGGAAUAGGACACGAGGCCACAAAAUUUAUGCCACCUAACGUAGAAGAGCAAUUAUUCACCGUUGAACAGGAGCAACGCAAUCACGACGACCAGAAAUACAAGCGUAAAAAGACCCUUUGCUUGUCAGCUUUGAAAUGUGUCCUAUCUCUUCUGAUUUCUGUAAGCCUGUUUGUGUGUGUUGUCGCCAGCAAGAUCUCACUCGUCCACAUAGGACAGAAGUUGAAUUACACGGCAAUGUACCGCAACGCUUCGCGUACUGUGUCAAGUGGAAAGAAGAGCUUUGUUCGGGAAACAAGUUUUGUUAUGUUGGUAUUGCUUCUAGUUUUUCCUUCUGUUUAUACAUUGAUUCGGGCAAUUUGCAAUAGUGGAAUGAAAAGAAGCCACCCUUGGCCGACAAAAAGAGCUGUCAUUUGGGGGCUGAUUGGCUCGUUCAUUGAAGUUGCAGGACUCAGUCUGUACGUGGUAGGAACAUUAAGUGUCAUAUCUGAGGCGGAUGUCGUUAUAGUACUUAUGAAUGCUCUCUUCAUCGUCCCCGUCUUCUGGCAAAUGGCAAAAGCCUGUCUUGAAGGGUUUGCCAAUUCUGAGGACCCGAUAUCACAACGGCUGUUGAAGAAAGCACGUAAAAAGAAUAUUACAAACAUGUUCUUAUCUUUCUUUGCGAUAAUAUUGCAACUUGGUGGCCUGGUUGGAAUAGUUUUCAUGACAUCCAAUAGCGAGAUUCUAGACAUCAAAUUUAUUCUUGUACCAACAUCAAUACUUCUGAUAUCUUUUGGUUGGUGUCCAAAAGUGAAAAAGUUACAAAUUGACCAUGAUCUGGCACUGCAUGUGGAUGAAGAGAAGUACCCUGAAGACGCCAUUAACGGAAAUGGAACACUAGAAACGAGUCUCUCCGAACAUUCAAUGCCAUCGACUGCCGGAUCAUCCGAAAACAUCGCUGGCACGCGGAAACGAAAGAAAGUUUGGAAAAACGACACUCAAAAAGUAAUUGUAGAGUCAAACACUGCUCGGGGAAAAUCCACAAUAAUAAUUUCACUGUUCAAGAUAUUACUAGUUCCUUUGUGCUGUGCAGCGGUAGCUCAUUUUAUGAAGGUUGCAAACCUAAGGCAUAUCGACUCCGGAAUAUACGCAUUUUUUGAAGACAAGACGCUCACAUGGAUGUUCUUUGUGCAGCUUCUAACAGGCUUGAUCGGGUAUCAUCUUGCUUGGCUGGCUUGCACUAUGACCAUGCAAAGGCUGUGCUUUGCCCUGCCACUCACUCUUGCGACCCCAACAGCAGUUAUUCUCAUUGUCACUAACAGAUGCGACAACAACUACAUAUCCUUUCUGAAGUGCUCCGAGAAUAGUCCAAUAUGGCUGUACAUUGCAUUGAUAAGCGUGGCCCUUUGGCUAGGCCAGUUCUUUGCUACAACUUACUAUGCUUGGAAAAACCAAGACUUCAUUAUGGCAAAUGAGGCAGUGUUAUUUUGGAUGCCUUCGUACGAAGGUGUCAUGCUUGAACAAAAUCUGCUCCUUAAUAGAAAAAAUGAAGCAACAAAUGAAUACUACGUCAACUAUCGUAGUUUGGUAAAGGACAGUCGAAUUUACAUUUGCACCACAAUGUACCACGAAGAAGCGUACGAAAUGGAACAGCUAUUGAACUCCCUCGGAGGUAUAGACUGCGCUCGUAAGGAGGCUGGUCGCAGAUUCGAGGCUCAUAUCUUCUUUGACGACGGUGUGCGAGACAAAACUUUAAAGAGAUACGCAUUACAGCUAGUGUCCCUGUUGGAAAAAACCCUGGAUAUCAAGCCAUCAUUUGCCAACAAGAUAGAGACGCCGUACGGAAUGGAACUGAAAUGGAAGCUGCCCGGUGGAAUGGACUUCCAUAUUCACCUAAAGGACAAUUACAAGGUAAAGAACAAGAAGAGGUGGAGUCAAGUAAUGUACAUGUCGUAUGUGCUGGAUUAUCGAGAGCGUGAAAACUGCGACCAUGCUUACAUCCUGACGACAGACGCCGAUGUGAAAUUCAGGCCUGAUGACGUCAUGGCAUUGAUGGAUCUGAUGAGUCGUGACCCCUCUGUAGGAGCAGUGUGUGGUAGAACACAUCCCAUGGGUUCAGGGCCUAUUGUUUGGUACCAGAUUUUUGAUUACGCGAUUGGCCAUUGGCUCUUGAAAGUGGCAGAACACGUGCUUGGAUCAGUACUGUGUUCUCCUGGCUGCUUUAGCAUCUACCGUGCACGUGCGGUAAAGGAUGUGCUGCCAACGUAUGCAAGCCACGUUGAAUGUGCACUUGACUUUCUCACAAAGGAUAUGGGCGAAGACCGCUGGUUAUGUACGCUGAUGAUAGAACACGGGUGGAAGCUGGAGUACUGCGCAGCGGCUGAGAACAGCACAUACUGUCCGGAUACAUUUGAUGAGUUUUUCAAGCAAAGGAGACGAUGGACUCCCUCCACUCUUGCGAACCAAAUUGUUUUGAUCCAGAAAGCUGGAACAAUUCGCAAAAGCAAUGAUGUUAUAACUUUGGCGUACAUUUUCUACCAGUUGCUGUUAAUGAUUUCGACAAUUGUGGGGCCAGCAAAUGUCAUCCUGGUUAUAUCAUCAGGCUUAAAUUACGCUUUUCCAACGACAGUGAAUUUGAUAGCGAUGUUUGCAUUUGUUGUAACCACUGUAGCAGCCUUCAUCGUGGUCUGCAUUUACACAUCCCAAGAUUUUCAGCUCAAGGUAGCCAAGCUGCUCACACUAGCAUUUGCAAUCAUCAUGACAAUCACUACAGUUGGGCUGAUGGCACAGGUCGCAGAUGACAUCGCCAAGCAGUUUCGCAAUACCGGUAGUUUUCACUUGUCUCCUUCCACCAUUUACCUCCUAUUCAUGUGCUGCCUGUUCUCAGCAACUGCUCUCCUCCAUGGUGUCGAAGGCUCGAAUCUCAUACACGGCCUAUGGUAUCUGCUUUGCCUGCCAUCAGGCUACCUGUUUCUUACAAUCUACUCCAUUGCAAAUUUGACGGACAGAUCCUGGGGGACAAGAGAAGCUAAAUCUGCUAGCUCAGCUGCAAGUGCCGACCCCUGGUAUCAUAUUGUAUGGCGACACAUGAAAGAUUUGUGCAGUUAUUGCUGUCGCAACCGACUUUAUCAAGACUCCGAUCAAUCAAGGAUUGUUCUGACAGCAAGCGACCUCAUGUCUGAAGCAGGCGAAUCCAUAUCUGAUGAAAGCACCCGUGAGGUUUCCUCAGCCGACCAGAACUUAUCAGAAUGCGAAGAUCAAUUUCAGAAGGAAGACGAAAAGCCCCCUCGACCCCCAAAGCCACCAAGAAUUCCUUCGAGGACGCCGAGAGGACAACGUGACAGGCUGCUAUCUUUGAAAGGAAGUCCCCAGAGAGUGACCUUUGCCCCUGGGAUCAGAUUCAAGUCAUUAAAAAGGAGGGGCCUGCACAGUUCCAUGAAUGGAGAAGAAGAUGGCGAGGUUUCUGUGUCAACCAUUCCAAUCGACGAAUUUCUUCACCGACAGUAUAAGGAGUAUCUGGAGAAUUUUACGGACCAUGGAUAUGACGAUAGCACGUUCCUCGUUGGCAUGAAAGAACAAGAUCUUCUUGAUAUUGGUAUAAUCAACAGAGGUCAUCGUAAAAAAUUGCUUCAUGAAAUUGAAAAGCUUCCACCAGAAGAAAUGGACCAGGAGGUUCCGGACAAUGUGCGAGAUUGGCUGAUGAAGCUAGGCCUAGAAGACUACUGGGAUCAGUUUAGCGAGAACUCCUAUACCGAGCCGAAUUCACUGGCUGAUCUCAAAUUCAUGGAUCGCCCGACUAUAAUGCAAACAUUCAGGAUCACAAAAGAAGGCCAUCUUAACAAGCUGUCGAAAGCAAUAAGUUAUUUGGCUUAUCCUAAUGCUGCCCAAAGGAAGGUUCGAAAAGCCCGUAUUGAGCUUGACAAAGCAUCUAUGGUCACCCAGGACGCGAAAGAGAACAGGUUUUGGGAAAAAUUGCGGACAAUAUGUCUCUUGCCUGAACAAGCUGCGUUCAGCCAAAGUGAUGAACUGAAGGACAAAUUGACAGAGCUGCGAAAUACGGGGUUGAUGAUGCUCGUUGUAAUCAACAUUCUAUGGCUGACUAUCAUGCUUACAAUCAUCGCACAAGGCGCAAAGCUUCAUGUUCUCAACACGAAUUUCCUUGGUUUGAUGUUUUUGUCACUGUACACAAUCGUUCUGCUGGUCCAGUUUUUCGCUCUAUUGUGGCAUCGCAUCGGUACCUGGAUUCAUUUGAUGUCCCGCACACCGUUUAAGCCCGGUUCAAACAUCAACAUGAGCUGGUCUUUCCAUGACGAAGAUCUUCCUCCGGAACCAAGCGAUGAAAAUUUGUUAAUUGCGCAUCAGAGAAUAAACAGUCGUAUAGAAAAACAACCGCGUAAAAGAGUCAACUCAACUCCGGACACAACAAGAAGAUUCCGGACAAUUUUUCCUCCGGAUGAAAUCUAACUGUUUAAUUUCAUUCUUUAUUAUCUUUGAUUUUCUUUUAUUCUCUGAAUAACAAAAUAUUGAAAUUGAUAUGGAUUAUUAAGCUGCGUUGUUUUGGGAAAGGAUUAUUUGAAAAUAUAGAAUGUUUUUUAUAGAUUUGGCCACAUUUUAUGGCCACAAAAAAGUGGGAUCGCAUUACGCCCAGUGUGUCCCUUUGAUAUAUCUCAGCACAUCAUUUCUAUAGAGAUAUGGACAUCAGAACAUCAAAUUUUGAAUGAGAGCAGAUUUAUUGUCAACAUUUAUGAUUGAAAAAUAUGCUCGAUGUAUAUUUAAAUUUAAAGCAUUUGAAGAUUUGGGUUUGAACCAUGAUGCAUUCGAAUUUUAUUAUUUUACUCUGUGUUCCGUUUAAUUUGUUGUCUUCUGAAUUCUUCAAAAACCAGCAGACAUUGCGGUGAGGUUUUCCGCAAGAGCAAGCUUUCGCAACGAUCUGGGCACUAAUCUCUACCCAAAGCUCCUUGAGGAAUUAUUUAAAGAUUUGUUGGAAAUUUCCCCGAAGCAUCAUUUGGCUACUCGUUCUAUUUUAACCGUACAUCCUUUAUGACGUAACACAAAUAGAGAAGAUAAUAAAUUGAUAAAAGUCUAAUCGCCCGCCUUUAGACUGGCAGCUAUUGUCUCCUUUUGCUACCUUUGAGAGUCCUAUGCAAGAAGAAGCCAAGCUUUAAGUCGAAUGCCUCGUUCUUGUGAAUCAGUAAUUUGGGGGGGGGGUGGAGGCUUUACCCUUUAAAGCUUCAUAUUUUUAGGAAAAGCUUGGAAAACACGCAAGUUUGUCGGAAUUUUUUAAGCAAAUUUGUCGUUAGACCCCUACAACUCGCCACUAGUAAGUGAUGAAAAUUUCGUAAAAAAAGUUUUAUUUUUCUGUCUGUGGAACGAAAACAGACAUUUUUUAUAAGAAAUCAAUUUAUGGGCAACCAAGUAGAAUCAAGUUGAAAAAAUACCGCUUUGAAACCAAUUGAACCUUGUUUAUUGUGUUAUUUGGUAACUAUUGUUAUGGUAAAUUAAUAUCUAAGCAAUUAUUUGAUAAGGAAGGAUAUUUAUUGCUAAGAUGGUAAAGCAUGACAAGACAGUCUCUUCUCUUAUGUCUCGACAUGUCAAAGGAAUCAUCUCAAAAAUUCGAGGGGCACCACGGAUGGACAAACAAAGAGUUUCUAUUGAUGGACAAACAAAGAUUUCUUUGUAGUCUUUUGCGUUGCAUUCUACUGUUAAUUGUAGUUCUGCUUUGUUCAUAGAAAAUGGAUUCUUGCUGGAAUGAAAAACUAGAAAAUAAACCUUAAGGCUAGAAUUUAAUAAAAAAUAAUGACGUAUUGUGUUAAGAUACCCCGAAAAAACUUUCAAUGCCAAAGAUCGCUAAGACACUUUUAGUACAAUGCUAGGAUACGAGUUGCUUAUAAACAGCUCGUGUAUAAAAACAUUCCACCAAGGGCAUCGCGGUAGGGGGGAAGAAUCGUUGGGGAACAUGUGCUCUCUGAAAUCUUGAUAUAAGAGCAAUUUUAUGUUUCUAGAUAAAUUAAGAAUCAUGCCUGUUCAUUUUUCAAAAGUUUUAUAGAAAAGUAGAAGAAUUAUGGAUUUCAGUUCGGCUUUUUCCAUUGCACUAAAAUGUUGUCGAAUAAUCAAACAAUGCUUAUAUAGAUAUUGAUUUUUCAAAAUCUUGAAAAUUCUUGCCAAAAUGGACACAUCUUUUGUGGGAAUUGUAGUUACAUAUACCCCCUUUCCAAGAUACGAAUAUUUCACGAGCCUCGUUUCGGUAUCAGAACUUCGUCGUUCUAAGGUCCUUAUCUACCCAGGGUAGUCCUCAUCUCGAAAGCCUAUUCCACAGUUCUUCCAGUGCCCCAUAUUUCACAACAAAUACUCAGGGGUAAGCCCCGUGCCCAC